UUUUGUUCCCAGCAAUCAACUGCUCAGCUCUCUCCGACUCCCAGCUUCCUGCCCUGCCUUCCUGCCUUUGUUCAGAUUCUAGCAACACACCUCAAAAAGCAACGAAAUGACGAACGGAACCUCCAGCAGUGGUGAUUUCGAGCCCACCCCGGCCGAACUCUUCACCAACCCCUCCGAUGGGUUUAUCGCGAUCGUCGCCAUUGACUGCGCCGCAUGGCUCUUUCUGCUCGGCGUGCACAUUGUGAGCCUGGUCCGCCACUUCCGCACUCCCAACUGCGAGAACCAGCGCUACCGCUCUGCCGUCCGCUUUGUCAACGGCGCACCCAUGUUCAUGGGUACCGUUUCCUUGGCGUGCCUCUUCUUCCCUCGCGCAAUGGUUUACCUGACCAUGGUCCAGUCCGUCUACGAAGCGGCAAGCUUGUACUUCUUUUACCGGUCCAUCUGCUCUCUGCUUGGUGAAGCUCCGCACAUGCUCAAGGUGCUUUCGGCGUUGCCCGCCAAGAAUUAUUUCGCGGUGCCGCCAUUCCGCGGUUGCUUCAAGGGCACUGGCGAAUUUGUUAUUGAUGAGUCCCACCUCGCCAAGAUCCGCAGGGCUGUCUUGCAACUCUGCGUGGUCCGACCCGUCAUGUUGCUUGUUGCUGUGCUGAUGCAGGCGUCCGGCAACUACGAGAUUGGCGUCCUCAAGCUGAGCAAUGGCUACUUCUGGGUGACCAUAAUCAACACGAUUUCUUUGAUGAUCACCAUGUGGGCCCUGCUCGUCCUGCUGUUUGCCACGCGGUCCAUUCUCGGCGAGUUCCACUUUGUCGCCAAGCUCGUGUGCAUCAAGCUGGUCUUCCUCCUUUCCGUUGUGCAAAACCUGCUCCUGUCCAUCCUUCACCGUGCCGGUGCCAUCGAGGCCAACAGCAUCUUUUCCAACACUGGUAUGGCCGAGUCUUGGCUCAACUGGCUGUUGGUAAUUGAGAUGGCACUUCUCGCCGUCUUGUUCCUCCGGGCCUUCCCCACCUCCGAGUAUGCUCUCGUCCCUGCCCCCGGCUCGCUCACGAACGCAGGGCAACUGGAACUGCAACGCCUCGCCGCCGGUUCCACCUCUCUGCUUGCCAACACCUCGGCUGGCGUUCGCGACGGGCGGGUUUAGUGCACGACGGCGUUGGCCCCCCUUUUUUUUUGUGUGCCAUGUCAAUAAGCCAUUGUUAUCCCCAUCAUCAUCGCUGUCUGUCUCAGUAGCCCUAUGUAUCGCUACUUGUUGAGUGAGCAUGUGCAAGUGAUUGUUUUUUAAGCAGAACAUUGAUCAGAAUACAGUACAGUCCAGCGU